AUGUCCGACAACGCUCCCAGCGCCGGCACCGCCCAUCGCCGCAGCUCCAUCACCCAGGCCGCCCUCUCCAACCUCUUCCAGCGCGGCCCCUCCAACGCCAACGUCCCCCCGCUGCCUGGCGCUCCCAGCAUGACGGACCCUCGCGGCCGCCGCCUCUCGGUCAGCACCAUCGGCCUUUCCGGCAGCUCCCCCACAAACGCCGCUGCCUUUGUCCGCCGCGAGAGUGUCUCGACAAACUCCAACUCGGGCUCCAUGGACGAGUCGGCCAUCGAGGAUGACGACUUUGUUCCUGGCAGCGCUAGAACCGCGCCCAACACGCCAUUUGUCCGACGCAUGAGCUUUGGUGCCUCCGCCGGCUCCGGCUCCCUGAGGGGUUAUCGCCCCUCGGGCAGCCCUGGCAACGACCAGCAAGGCUUCAACUGGUCCGAACAGUUGAGAUCCCGCGCAGAGAGCUCCGUCGCCGGCGCUCGCCCCUCCUUUUCCCUCGCCUCGGGCUCCCCCCCAAGAAUGCCUCAUGACCGCGCCCGCUCCGUCUCCGAGAUGGCCGCGCCUCCGAACCAGGCCCCUCCUCCCCCACCGCCCAGGCAGGAAAAGCCCAAACCCGACGCAUUCCAGGAGAGAAUUCUCAAGGGUGACUUCUACAUGGACUGA